CAACAGAAGCAAAAUGUUUUAAUUUUUGCUAAACCCCCCUUUUGACAAAUGAAACUAUCAUUUCUUAACUUAACGAAAGAAAAUAUUUCACAACCCAAUUCCAAUUUCUAACCCUAAAUCAUUUCUUCCUCACCAUUCUCGUUCAUCUCGCUCUUCUUUUCGUUUUCUUUUUCUCUCUUAUUUUUCUGGUGCACGAAGAUCACACCAAGGUAACCGUGGAUCAACAUCCCACUUGAUUUCGUGGCUUCACAUCUGAUCGAGGGUUUUGAAGCAGAAGCCCUUUUGUCCAUAAACAAUAAGAAGAAGAAGAGAAGAUGCAGCAGAGAAAAUCAACAUUUGGAAGGCCUACUGGAACGGAUGGUUCCGAUUUCUCCUACCGCAUGGUCGUUGAAUCUCGUUAUCAAAGAGUAGCUGAAGGAAAGUCACGUUUCUCUAAGCUAAUUUUUGUUCAGGCUAUUAUCCAAAUUAUAGGAGCGUUGUAUGCUGUUCUACGGACAUCUUGGGAGGGAGGACCCAAUAGGAUCGCUAUUUCAUCUACUGCUGUUUGUUUGAUUUCUCUAUUUAUUGGGGAUUUAGGACGAAGGCGUAGUCGUGCAAAUCUGUUGAGAUUUUACAUGGUUGCAUCAUCUAUCGCACUAAUCGUAUCCAUUUAUUGUGUUGCUAAGGACAAUCUCACACUACAGGUUCUUCAAGAUUUAAGUAACUGGGAAAGGCAUAAGUUUGAACUUCUCGAGAUCUCUCAUGCUAUACUUGGAUUCUCGAUCCAAAUAUUUAGCGUUUGUACGGCAGUUUCUCUCAUCCGAAACAUGUCUCCUCCCAAAAAGGCUUCUUAAGUACUUCUAUCCUUUAUAUUGUCACAUUGCAUUUAUCUCAUGUUUUUAUGAAAGGAAAAAACGAACAGCAAUUUUUUCUUCACUGUUGAUCUUUCCCAUAUAUAUUUGUGAUGUAGAUAUUCUAGUUCAUCAAAAAUUUGAUUUCCAUAUUUUUGUAUGUGGAGUUAGAAAAUGUUUCUCUCUGAUCAUGUUUUAUGUAUGGAGAGAAUUUUCACUCAUCUUUUUCUUCUGGAUAUCGAUGUAGAUGAAUCUUCAAAAAGUUUACUGCUAGUCAGAUAUGAGUUGGGCAGUUCUUUUC